GCCUCGCCUGACUUUCAACUGGAGAGUAAGCAGAUAAUAGGAUUUAUUUUUAUUUUUGGGCGAACCUUCCCUUUAACACACAGCUGAACGUUGGAUCCAGUAUAGGGACAAAAUGUCUGGCAUAGCUUCGUUUCAUCGGUUACUCCAUUAUGAUCUGGACUUCUUCUUUGGAAUAACAUGAGACCAACUUUGAAAAAACAAAAAACAAUUAACACCUUCCUUCAAUAUCCGAGCGGACUGCUCAUCAACAUCAGAGCUCUUACUGGAAGUGCAUUUUCCAGCUCGUAUCCAAAUCUUUCACCAUGCCGACAGAAGUGGAGGCCACAUUUAGUUAGAAAUCAUCGGGGGGGAAAGUCCCUCCCCGCCACCAGCCUCUGCAUUGGCUGGACCGGCAUCAGAUCCAGGCGAGCUGUCAGCCAAUGAGCGGGGGCGCUGAUGCGGGCAGAGAGGAGAGACGGGCUUCACAAGCCGGGUUAACAGAGGUGGGGGGGACAGACCCGGAGAGCCCGCAGUCACAGUCGGCUUCCAAUCUGCACAAAACCAUCUCUGCGACUGCGACCUGCGCCGACAUGGAGAAGAAAGUCGCAGAUUUCUCAGGGAAAUGGAAGAUGAAGUCGUCGGAGAACUUCGAGGAACUUUUGAAAGCGCUGGGUGUGAAUGUGUUCCUGAGAAAGAUUGCGGUGACGGCGGCUUCCAGCCCGGCCGUGGAAAUCACCCAGCAGGGAGAGACUCUGUCCAUCAAGACGUCCACCAGCAUCCGUAUGACCCACAUCUCCUUCACCGUGGGUCAGUCCUUCACCGAGGCCACGGUGGAUGGACGGCACUGCACGAGUUUUCCGAAAUGGGAGACAGACACAAAGAUCAGCUGUGAGCAGACCUUACAGAAAGGCGACGGGCCGAAGACGUCGUGGACACGAGAGGUGACCAACGACGGAGAACUGAUACUGACGAUGACUGCCGGGGACGUUGUCUGCACCAGAGUUUACGAGAGGGAAUGAGGACUUUUUUUUUUUUUGCCACACAAUACUCCUGUUUUGUGCCUCGUUUAUGGUUUACAUUUAACUCACCUCGUUCUCUUCCUCCCAGCCAGUCAGAUGUUGGUCAGAUUGUACUCAAACGGUGCACUGUGUAGGAAAAAAAAAGGUUUUGGUAUACACGAAUGUACGCUUUUAUCACGCCAAAGCGCAAACUAACUCUGUAUGUAUUAUAUACGUUGAAAUGUCACACAUUCCUUAAAAAAAAAGCUGUAUCGCGACAUCUGAAUCCUUUUUUUUUGUCGAGAUGUUAAUAAACUGUUUUAUAUGAGUUUCUUUA